GUCAACGUGAUUCCUGCGUAAUAACAGAAGCAACGCGGAGCUUGACCGAGUGCAGUGCGUCUUCUGCGCUUUUCCCUACCGCCUCCCGGCAGUAAAAUGGCGACUAUAGACGGUGAUGUACCCAUGGAGCCGGAGCUGGAAUCGAGUGACGAGGAGUUGGAAAGGGAAGCAGAAGGCUUCAAAGAACAAGGGAACGCCUUUUACAUUAACAAGGACUAUGCUGAAGCCUUCAACUACUACACAAAGGCCAUAGACGCAAGCCCUAAGAAUGCCAGUUACUAUGGCAACAGGGCCGCCACCCUGAUGAUGUUGACCCGGUACAGGGACGCUUUGGAGGACGUCCAGCAGGCAGUGCGGCUGGACGACACCUUCACAAAGGGCCACCUGAGGGAGGGCAAGUGCCACCUGUGUCUGGGGAAUGCCAUGGCUGCCAGCCGCUGCUUCCAGAGAGUUCUAGAGCUGGAGCCCGACAGCAGCCAGGCACAGCAAGAGCUGAAGAAUGCAGAAUCCAUUCUGGAAUUUGAGAGGAUGGCAGAGUUGGGCUUUGAAAAGAGGGACUUCAGAAUGGUGGUGUUCUGCAUGGACCGAGCCCUGCAGUCUGCCUCCGCCUGCCAUCGCUUCAAAAUCCUCAAGGCUGAGUGCCUGGCUCUGCUGGGACGCUAUGCUGAGGCUCAGUCUGUGGCCAGCGACAUCCUGCGGAUGGACUCGACGAAUGGCGACGCCCUGUACGUGCGCGGGCUGUGCCUGUACUACGAGGACUGCAUCGAGAAGGCGGUGCUGUUCUUCACCCAGGCGCUGCGCAUGGCCCCCGACCACGAGAAGGCCCGGCUGGCCUGCAGAGACGCCAAAGCACUGAAAGCCAAGAAGGAAGAAGGGAACCGAGCGUUUAAAGAGGGGAACUACGAGGAGGCCUACACGCUGUACUCCGAGGCGCUCACAAUAGACCCCAACAACAUCAAAACCAACGCCAAGCUGUACUGCAACAGAGGCACCGUGGGCUCUAAGUUGAAGAAACUGGAGCAGGCCAUUGAAGACUGCACCAAGGCCAUUCAGCUGGAUGACACCUACAUCAAAGCGUAUUUGCGGAGGGCGCAGUGUUACAUGGACACGGAGCAGUACGAGGAGGCCGUGCGGGACUACGAGAAGGUCUGCCAGACCGAGAAGACGAAAGAACACAAGCACCUGCUGAAGACGGCCCAGAUGGAGCUGAAGAAGAGUAAGCGGAAAGAUUACUACAAGAUCCUGGGGGUGGAGAAAACCGCCACGGAAGACGAGAUCAAGAAGGGCUACCGGAAACGCGCCCUCAUGCACCACCCAGACCGGCACAGCGCAGCCAGCGUGGAGGUGCAGAAGGAGGAGGAGAAGAAGUUUAAGGAAGUGGGCGAGGCGUUCACCGUGCUCUCCGACCCCAAGAAGAGGUCCCGGUACGACAGUGGCCAGGACCUGGAGGAGGACGGCAUGAACAUGGGAGAUUUCGAUGCCAACAACAUUUUCAAGGCAUUCUUCGGAGGCCCAGGGGGUUUCAGCUUUGAAGCAUCCGGACCCGGGAACUUCUUUUUCCAGUUUGGUUAAGGUGGAUGGUGCCGACGUCCCCCUCCCGCCCCUCCGUUAAUAAUCUCCCCCCUCCCUCCCUCUCAGUCCGUCACCCCGCCCCGCCGAACCGGAGACAUCUCCGCCCACACGCCGCCCGCCCUGGAGCACGAGGGGAAAGAGGCGCGUGCCACUUCCUGUUCGCAAUCCCGCUUAGGCUUAGGGUUCUCAAUGGACCAGGCACAACAUCUCAUUCGCAUACGUUUCCACGGGGACCGGGCCUUUAGAUUUGAGCCCUCGGAAAUAAACUGAAAAGCUCAUGAAAUGAGGAACAAGAAUGCCGAAAAAUUUGAAAGCCCGUAGCGCUAUAAAUACGUAGCAAAGCUACUUCGGUUCGUUUUUGGCUUCGCAAGCGGCAUGGCGGAUUCGAAAUGUACGAAGCCGACCGGGAGUUUCAAAGUACAGUUUGGUGCUGUAGUUGUCAUGGUGGGGUGGAGGGGUAUGAAAUUCAAAUUAAGCUCAAGACAAAUACAUUUCCUCGCUAUAUUGACAGAAUUAUUCACAAAGCAUGCAGUUUCCUGUAGGGUUUUAUAGCGGGCUGCAUCCUGAACCAAAUCCGACGGGGCCCAAAGGCAUGCUGUGAUAGGCCGGGUAUUGGGUGUAUGUUUAUCUUGUGUGACGUCGAGUCGGAAGUCCUCGCUACACUUCCGCCAACGAUCGACUUCACAAAAAUAGCGCAAAGCUUCCAGUUUUUCUGGUGUACCAUUAUGCUCAACUAGCAAAUUCAAACUUAUUACCGCCACAAUUAGGACAAACUACAGUAAAGCUAGCUGGCUAGCCUGUUCUGGUCAAUACGAACAUUAAAAUCUAAAUUAUUCCUCUGUUUUACAAGCGUACUUCAUGCUAAAAAAUACUGGGAAGAAAGAGGACAAUGCUCCUGCCCUGCUUGUUGCAAGGUGCAAGCGACAAGCUUAAUGUCACGUUUAACAGAAGGGAAAAAACUUGUUUAAAAAAAAAAAAGCAUUUCAACAUGCUAACAUGCAUAAUGGUACUCUACAAAAACUUUGCUCUGAGCCGUUGCUGUCAAUGGAUGCUAACGGCUGCUGGAAAUGUCGCUCCCCGAUUGCCCCAUCACAGCAAGGUUUCCUGCGAGAAACACUGCAUUGUUCUGUAUUGUGCUGUAUGUUGUUGUUGCCUUGUUAUUUACUCUAUCGGCCUCUGCCGAGUUCGGGCUCAGAUUUUGGCGAGUGCUCGUCAGGCUGGUUCGGGUCGGGCCGUAAAGACGCCGGGCCUAAGCGGGCUCGGAACUCAUUUCUAACCCUUUAUAGUUCAUUCCAAUCGCUUAUUUUCGCUCGGUGCGUAUCUUCCUCCUGUCCUUUCCUCGCUCCUUAGCUCUGCCCAGCGGAGGAUGAGAUGAGAAUGGAGGAAUCGAGGCGGGAAAGGUCCUCGCUUGGUCAAGUGGCACUUUAAAGCAACAUCGGUUACAGCCGUGACAGAUGUAGAGAGGUGGAUCCUCAGCAUCAACUUCAACUUCUAUUGUACGUUCCAAAAAAAGACUUCAAAAGGCUGCACUCAUGUAUCCUCUUAACAGCGUCAGUGCUCCUCCUAGGAGCGUUUAACGGAUUGCUAGUCCCUUAAAGUUGACGGACCUUGAUUUAAUUUCCAAUUCAUGUGAAAAAAUGACCUGGAAAUUCAAUACAGGGAUACGAUAAAAUAAGUGAUUGGAAUGAACCCGUAGUGCAGUGGUCCUAACCCCUGGUCCUGGAGAGCCGCAGGGUGUGCUGGCUUUUGUUGUUACUCGGUUACUCUCUUUAAUUGAUCAAUUAAAGCAGUUAAUUACACAGCUACUCACCUGGUUUCUUGGGUCUGAAUUGGUUGCUGAUAUUAAGGUGAAAACAAAAACCUCCAGGACCUGGAGUGAGGACCACUGUUCUAGCUACACUGUGGUGUCUCAAGUGCUACCGGGUAGAAGUAGGUCAUCAAAGACGAGGAGCAGCAGGCGGCUGUAGCCGGCUGCUUGGGGUAAUCCUUUGUGGCCACAGUCUUCUGCCAUGUUUUAGGAAGCCGUGCUGUGUGUUUUCCACUGGGUGAGGACAGAGAACGAGCAUUAAAACUGCAUGCAGGAGACCGCUGUCUGUUUGGCAACACCUUCCGUCUCGCAGCAAACCUCGCCAUUAUCUAUCAUGUACUCCUGAGCAAUUGUGGUAAUCCAGGUGGUUGGAACAAAAUGGAGGACUUUCACCAUCUGAACCUGGAUUUUCCCCCUCUGCUCCUCGCUACAUUGUACACUCUCCUGGAAUGUAAGUGUUUAUUUGUAUUGAAAGAGACUUUUAUUUUGCUUGUUUUUAUGUUUGUUAUAGAUAUAUAAUUAUUGUAAAUUCACGCCGUAAUACUCUCACCCAGGGAACGUGGAUGCUCUUGUCCUUCAAAUAUUAUUUAUUUUUUUGGGGGGUGUGGGGCGGGCAUGGCUGAUGGAAAAUGCUGAUCCCCGUUCUGAAACCCCUCAGAAAAGGGGGAAAAUAAAGUGCAGCCCCAGUCUAAUCAUGGACCUGCUACAGUGCAAAAAAAGAAAGAAAAAGAAAAAAACAAAACAAGAAGUCCGAAGUGUCUCUGGUCUUUAAUUGCGGUUACGUGUCUUGUGUUGUCGUCGGUCUGGCCUUGGGGUGGUUAAUUUAGUCAUGAGUUUGGUUCUGUGCAUUACCCCUACUUCCUCCCUGCCUUUUUUGCUUGGCAUGGCUCAAAGUGCGAGCCUGGCUCUGAAGAUGGCCGUCUCCAGCGGUGCCUUGUGUUUCACAGGGGUUCCUGAGAGAACUGCGCUGUGGAAGAUUCACAGGAAUAUGAACAAAUACGCAGCGUCUAAAACUGCCAACAAACACCCAAAGGGCUCUUAUGUUGAUGAUCCAGACUCUUGUACAAAUCGUUUUAAAAUUAGUAUUGAUGAAUUGGCACAUCAUCAUUUUCAAAACAAGAUUUGUUGGGACUGUUGUGUUCACUUUGUAGUGGCUUAUUAUAUAGCCGUGUCAGCCACUUAAACUUUCACAUUCUAUUUCUGUGUACUUGGGUGUUAAAUUCAAUUCAAUUGCAGCAACAGUCCAAUGUAAUUCACUGUUUUGACUGUUGCGGUGUGAGUCGGGAUUGUCAAAAUAAGAGUCCCUCGGGCUCCCAGUCAAACUCCUGCUUCAUCUCGUUUGGCCCAAGCCCCUCCUACUGCAAAUCUGAAAUUGUGGCUGUGCACUGGCCUAAGCCCCUCCCACUGCAAAUCUGACAUUGUGGUUGUGCACUGGCCUAAGCCCCUCCCACUGCAAAUCUGACAUUGUGGCUGUGCUCUGGCCUAAGCCCCUCCCACUGCAAAUCUGACAUUGUGGCUGUGCUCUGGCCUAAGCCCUUCCCACUGCAAAUCUGACAUUGUGGCUGUGCACUGGGCCCGACUGAGGAGAGGGGAGGCCAUUUUAAUGUUGUCCUGUCACCACCUAGUACUGUACUAUACUCGCAGUGGCACUGUUGAAAAGGUGUUUCAUCAGGUAUACUGUUUGCGGUCUUACAGGAUUAUAUUAUUAUACGAGGCGAGGGAAAGAAUGCAAAGAGAAUGUGAACAUAAACCCUGUACUCAGCUGAUGUACCAUGAAUCAAAUAACUUUUGUAAUGAACAUAUUCCUGAAGUAAUAUAACGGAUGCUCCAAAGUCCCAUUUUGUUGUUUUGGUUAUGCAAAUUAAAGAUUCAUCUUUUA